CGACCGUAUCAUCUACAUCCAAAUUCAAACAUCAUCAUAGGAGAGACCUAUCAAUAUCAACUUCAGCUUACACACCAAAGUAUCAUAUUUCCUGGAUUAUCUUGCAACGUCGGGAUGAAAUUGGAUCAAAAUUUAGGGCUACUUAUCUCUUGAGAUUAUUCGCCGCGACUUUAAACACCACCUACGUAAUCUAUUCACGUACCUAGGUAUCCAAAGCAACAAUAAGCACAAUGGAUCGUAUACCUCCAGAAGUAUUGUUACACAUCUUCGAAUUCCUAGAUGAUCCAGCUCCAUCACAAGUUCGGCUACAUGACCAACCAAGUGAUGACUUGUUAAAUGUUGAGUCUCCAUUCUCGCAGAAACUCAAGACAGCAUCCUUCGUUUGCAGGGCUUGGCGAUCUUUGGUACUUCCUAGCUUAUUCCGUCAUAUACUAUGGCGACCCAAGAUGUCAUCACUCAGGGCAUUUACGCUAAAUCCUAUACCUCUUCUACGGUUCCUAGAGGAAAAUAGGCUUGAUCGUGGGGUCACUACUUUCACUAUGGUUGUGGAUUUCGUGGAUAAGGAUGCCGAUGUUAGGCACAUCACUCCCGAGAUACGUACCGUCGACCUUGAAUGGUUAUGGGAUCAACUUUUCUCAGUCAUUGACCCCCUGAGAUUUACUAUCAUCGCUCCUCCGACAACACUCGCUGCGUUUAUGUCUAGGAUGCUCUUUCUAGAUGAUGCUUGGUCGUUCAGUAUCCCGUAUCACAUCCUCUCACUCGCCAGGACGAAAAGGGGGCCUACACGUGACAAGUCAAAUGAGCAUACGGAAUCACAUCUAUUAGAUUAUCAAGCCUCAAUUGCCGAGUACGAUACUGCUAGAGCAUCCCAACCAUCAUUGGCGAGUCCUUCGACGACUACCACCACUUCCUCUUCAUUUCGUUAUAGGAAAGCUCCGGCCUGUCCACUCUUCACUGCGCGAUCUUGGACAUCCAUCCUUCUUAAUGAGGGUUCAUCUACCAAAGUCUAUAGAACCUACGAAUUCUUCCUACGGCGACCACCAUCUAUGCUCGGGGCACUCCUAGGCUGCGAAGAACAUCCCAACGAUGCCCCUCUCAUACCACCUACCAUUGUUGACUUUAACUAUAUCGCUAUCUUUCCUUUAUCAUCCCACUUUGAGGUGCUCCUACAACAUCCACCUAAGCUGGAUCGCUUCUUCGUACAAUUGACACCACGACCUGGGAACCCAAUUCUAGAAAACGAAGAAGAAAUGAAACACAUCGACCCGGCGGACCUCUGGAUGGAGCGCAACACAUCCUAUAGUUCGCUAAUGCGCGAGCUGACCUUUGCGACCGACCCCGACGAGCAACAACAGCAACCAAACGCCGGAAAUUGGGCAAACCUUCGCAUCUUCGAGAGCGGUGAUGCUGCCGACAAAGAAGCCUGGGAGAUGGCCGUUGAUUUCGUAAAGCACAGUGGGGUUAAAGGAUGGAAAGUGGAGAGGGAGGGUGUGUUCGUCAAGCAUGACGAUGAAGGGAAUGGUCCUAAUAUGGAUCGGGAAAUCGAUGGUCAUGUUGGGAUUAUGAAUUUACUUGACGGUCCGAUCUUGGGUCGCUAAGGCGAUUUGCCUUCAACGGCGUCGCUCAUUUACCUUUCUCAAGCUUAUGGCUAUAUACGCAGGACAUUGAUCCACCCGCCACUGAUGACCAAGAUCUAUGAACGAUUACGCUAGCAAUGCAUUGGCUUAUACGUAGCCGAAAGGAACUCCGUGGUGCUGCUACCCAGGUAGUGCUGAACAAGUACCUCUACCGCACAUACCACCUUCAUUGGGGAUAGAACCAUUCAGGAAUACUUAUGUACCUUAGACCUAAGUCGGCAUUUCGUACAUAUUAGGUAAUCUACUCCGAGUUGCCAUGUA